AUGCCGUCUCUAAUCUCGCCGUACGUCCUGGGCGCCGUCGCCUUGGUGCUCUGGCUCUUCCGGCUGGUGCUCACAGCUGUGAAGUCUCCUGUCCGCUCCAUCCCGGGGCCGCGGUACUCCAGGUUCACGCAGGCUGUCCUCAAGUACCACACCAUACGCGGCCGGAGGAUGUACUAUGUGGACGACCUGCACAGCAAGUAUGGUCCCAUAGUCCGAAUCGCACCGGAUGAAACGGCCGUGUCCAGCCUCCAGGCCACUCAGAUGAUACACAAGGUGGGAUCAGGGUUCAACAAAUCAUCUUUCUACGAUGCGAUCACCGCACAGCGCCGUGACGUUGAGCCCGGUAUCUUCUCAAUGAGGGGCGGGAAGCCACACGCUGCUCGGAGGAAGCUGUUUGCCAGGCCUUUCAGCCAGAACUCGUUGCAGGCGAACUGGGAGUCUGUUAUCCAGAGCAAGGUACGGCUGGCCGUGAAUAAGAUCCGAGAAGAGGCCGGUGCCGAGGGUGAGGCGGAUAUCUUGAAAUGGUGGACGUUGAUGGCGACAGAUGUUAUCGCACACCUGUCUUUUGGCGAGAGCUUCCGUAUGCUGGAAUUGGGCAGGGCAGCUCUGAUGCUGGGGGUAAUCACCAGCGAGGCCCCCUUCCUGCGCUGGAUCGGACCGUAUAUCCCGUUGAAGAGCGUCAAGAAGCUCUUCAGCGGAGAAGACCUCAUCUUUGAGCACGGCUCCGUAGCCGUUCAGAACAUGCGCACAGAUAGUGCAAACUCGCAGAAUCUCUUUGGGCAGAUGCUUGCCCAGGCUGACAGCCAAGAGAAAACCGACCUCACGGACGCUACAGUCCGGCAAGAAGCCACCAAUUUCAUCGUCGCUGGCUCCGAUACCACAGCCGUGACUUUGACAUACCUUGUCUGGGCAGUCCUCAAAAGACCACAGCUCCGAGCCGCCCUCGAGGAGGAAGUGGCCGCACUCAGCCCGGAGCUGCUCCCAGAGGAGCUCCAACAGGCCUCGCUUAUGAACAGCAUCAUCGACGAGGCCCUUCGUCUCUACGGCGCCGCCCCAGGCCCGCUGCCUCGUACAGUCCCAGAGGGAGGCGCUACCUUGGGGGACCACUUCCUACCCGCUGGUACGACGGUCACGACGCAUGCAUACACCCUGCACCGAGACCCUGAUAUUUUCCCUAACCCACUUGAAUUCGAUGGCUGGAGGUUCGUCAAGCAGCCUAUGAGCCCGGUCCAGAAGGCCGCGUUCAUGCCCUUUGGAGGAGGCACUCGUAUAUGCAUCGGUUUACACCUGGCCUACAUGGAGCUUCGGCUGGCAACCGCUUUGUUCUUCAGGGAGUGCAAGGGGGCGAGACUGAGCGUAAAGACCACGGAGGACGUAAUGGCGAUGGCCGAGACCUUCCUCAUUGCGCCCAAAGGCCACUUCUGUAAUGUUGUGCUGAGUUGA